AUGGCCCGGAGGAAACCGCCCAAGGAAUUUGAGAUCUUGGAUGUCACGGAUGAAGUCAUCCGUGAUUACAAUGGCGCCGAGACCGAUGAAGGAGAGGAAGAACGUAGCAAUCUGACGGGCAGUUACACACAGAGCCGCAACCAUGGCGGCUAUGUAUCUAUCCAAACGCCUCCUGUAAUCGACAUAUCGUCACCGGCAUCGCAGCGUCGAACGGACACCGCUGUUGCCGACCUGCUUUACUUUAGCCAGAACGGUCAAUCCCACCACCCCGUCGAGAUUGACCCUGCUAUCCAUGUAUCUAUGGACACAGUUCCAAUUGAUAUCAUAACAGAGUAUCCAUACAUCGACCAACUACAGCCAUUUACACCAGAGGGGGUAUCAGAAGAUGGCAUCUUUCUACCAGGCUCUGCAUAUCAUGAAUUGCACUCAACAUUGCGAAACCAUCUUAUUCAGGAGACGCGGUCAAUUGCACCCACAAGAUCGACCACACCACAUGUUGAAGUAGAAGCUGAACCCGAAGAUGCUCCAUUGGACGAGACAGAGGAUACGCUCCCCAUAAAUGACUUUCAGUCGUCUCAGGCACCGCUGUUGUCGCAACAGGAAGAGUGCGCCCUCUGGAAGAAUUACUUUGACGAAAUCGCCCCGUGGCUAGAUAAAUUCGACCGGGACCGACACUUUCAGCAGAUCAUCCCUACCAUGACUAAGGAUAAUGACCAUCUACGAUACUCAAUGCUGGCCCUCUCCGCACGACAGCUUGAGUUAAAGCAUACUCUCGCGACCAGCCGUAGCCUUGCCCUUUAUCAAGAAGCAAUACAUCUGCUUCUUCCACACCUACCAACACGUGGGACAGCCGUCAUUGCUACAUGCGUGAUACUCUGUGUGUUGGAGAUGCUGAGUUGUUCUCCCAAAGCGUGGCAACGACAUCUAGACGGUUGUGCAAGUCUCAUGGAAGCUGUAGGCAUCAACGGUUUCGUCGGAGGUACAGAGCAAGCUUUGUUCUGGUGCUUUGCGCGUAUGGAUAUCUGCGGCGGCCUGAUCUCGUCAGUCAAGACCCUCAUACCCAUCAAUCACUGGGCAUCAAAAACCUCAUCAAUAGAGAACGAUGUCGAGCUGUUCAAGAACGCUUCCAACUUUGAGGAAUGGGCCAACUAUGCGCGCCCUCUCCAUCAGAACCAACCCGAAACGAAGUUAAAUUCCGUGCCAAGUGGCUCAAGUUGUGGAAGCACAUCUGCGAGUGGUACCAGGAACGGCCAGCACCUCUAUACCCUAUAAUGACGAUUCCAUCGAACGAAACCUCGCCCUUCCCAACCAUUCUCUAUUCUAAUCCUGCGGCUAUGUCCGGGAACCAAAUGCACCACACUGCAUCGAUUCUCAUGCUUCAGAAUCAGCCUGCUAUGAUACGGCUCGGUCAUUCUUCAAAGCCAAGAAGCAUUUUGUGGCACGCAAGGCAGGUCUGCGGUAUAAGCAUGUCGAAUGAACAUCAUGGGGCAUGGACGAAUAGUGUUCAGCCAUUAUGGGUUGCUGGACGUUGUAUGAGCCAUCCAAGCGAGCACAAGGCGAUAUUAGACAUGCUAGAUCGAAUUGAGAAGGAGAGUGGAUGGAAGACCAAGUGGCGAGCUGAUGAUCUAAGAGAGUUCUAC